GGAAGAGAGGAGGAGAAGACGAACGAGAACAAGACGAGCUAUCGCAAUGUGUAUGCCAGUGAACAAGGACAUGUGCAGAAAGAGGGCGGCAGAGCAUAGCCUUGAGGAGAGCUGCCCCAAGAAGGAACGGAGAGUUCGCUUCAACCAGGUCAUGGCGGUCAGGAGGUACGCCGAAGAGCAUGAGGAGGUUCAGGAGCAUGCUCCAGCCAAGAACGACGAUACCUAUGAAAUCGCCAAGAACGAGGAUGGCCCAGCACUGCUCUCCUUCGUCACCAGCUCUCUCAUCACCGCCAUGGCUUCCAAGAAGGUUGUGGACGGGGAUGGCGUGCUAGCAGAAGUCAGGAGGUGCCUGCGGUCGCACAAUGGAAGAGCAGAGAACGAGGAGGCAGCAAACAAGUUGAUGGACGGAAGUUUGACGGAAUGGAUGGUGCUGAAUGGAGUAUACCUCAAGGUGCAGGGGAUGAUGGAGCAAGUGAAGGAGCGAGGAUAUGCUGGACUCCUGCCGUCCACGAUCAAGGUCACCCCAGCCUUCCUCCCUGCUCUGCAGUACAUGCAGAAGCUGGUGCAUGCUGCCGGGGUUCAGCUCAUCACCCGGAGAUCUCAGGGAGCCUCCAACUUCCAUGUAAACAAGGUCGAAGCCCCGACUUGUAGUCUAGUGCACAGCCAACCAUGCCAAGCAUGAGCUCAUAUUGUUUCAAUGUGUUGAAUAAACUUGUACAUGU